GCUAUGGCCACCACUUACGGCAAGCUGCCGGAGUUCUGCCCGGACUCGGGAAACAUUGACGUCUACCUAGAAAGGUUCGAACUAUUUGCGAAAGCAAAUGAAAUAGACGACGGAAAGAAGCUUGAAGUCUUCCUGACCAUAAUAGGAGAGAAGGCCUACGUGACACUGCGUAGCUUACUGCUGCCGAAAACGCCCACCGAAGUAAAGUACGAAGACGCCAAGAAGGUGCUGCAACAGCACUACGCCCUGAAGCAGUCUGUGGUCACCGAGCGAUACCACUUCUACCGGCGGAACCAGGAGUCAAAUGAAACCAUCGCACAGUUUCUUGUGGAAUUGAAGAGGCUCGCAGCGACAUGUUCUUUCGGAAAUUUCCUCCAAGAAGCGCUACGGGACCGCCUAAUUGCCGGACUACGGAGCGACACCAUCCGAUGCCGUCUUCUCGCCUUGCCCGACGACGAGGUCACCUGGGAACGGGUGUGCAAGGUAUCCACCGCCAUGGAGGCUGCACAGAAGGACACCCAGGACAUGCUGUGCGACAGCGCUGGGGCCAGCAACGCUCAACUGUACUGGCAAGGAAGCCAAGGGAAGCCUAACGCAACAAGCAAGGUACUGGAAAAAAACUAUACGCAAAAAACUGCAGUAGAGUGUCAUAGGUGCGGUGGUCAGCACGCUCCUACAAGGUGUCCAUUUUUAAAAAGUGCUUGUUUUAAGUGUUCUAAACGUGGUCAUGUCGCAAAAAUGUGCAAAACGCGAGUUGUUCAUGCUGUAGAAGUACCGGCAACAGAGCAGGAUUUGCAGGAUUUGCUGACUAUAUGUCAAACAAACAGAGCAGGCAGUCCGCCUCCCAUAGUAGUAAAAGUAAUCAUAAACGGUCACGAAGUACCGAUGGAAUUGGACACGGGGGCUGCCGUUACAAUCAUGUCUGAGAAAGACUUUGCAGAGAACUUCCCUGACCUAUCGUACAACUGUGAGGACGUAAAACUCGGAGUGUACAACGGCACCGCAAUCAAUGUAAGGGGCGUUGCCCAAGUCGAUGUGAAGUGCGGGAAGCAAAGCCACCGCCUACCACUUGUCAUUGCCAAGUAUGAAGAAGGGGUGCACAUGCCGGUGCUCCUCGGUCGUGACUGGCUCGCAAAGAUAAAAGUGAACUUGCCUGAUGCCUUGCAGAAACUGCAUGAGAAGUUCAUCUUCAGACAGGUCAAUGAGGUCGGUUUCCGAAACGACUCCGCGUGA